CCACUGAUAGGAUUUUCAUCUGAUCGUCUAACAGCCACACAUCUGUGCAUAAUUGUUUUUGUUUUUUAACCUUUAUUUAACUAGGCAAGUCAGUUAAGAACAAAUUCUUAGUUACAAUGACGGCCUACACCAAACCCGGUCGCUAUGGGACUCCCGAUCACGGCAAGCACCACCUUAGACCACUGUGCCACUUGCGAGCCCCUGUGCAUGCAUUAUAAAUUAGCAGUGUUGCAGUUUUACCAACAUUUGGUGCAUCUAACUGAUUAUAAUAGCAGCCAAGAACAUUCGCUAGCUUAUUUGUUUGUGCUCUGAUUACACAGAAGUGUCCAGGUCAGCAGUUUAGGGGGGAAAGGGGAUACGUAGUCAGUUGUACAACUGAAAUGUGACUUCCGCAAUUAACCCGACCCCUCUGAAUGAAAAGUGCAGUGGACUGCCUUAAUCAGCAUCCACAUUUUCGGCACCCAGGGAACCCACUGCUUAACUGCCUUGCUCAGAACGACAAAUUUUUACCUUGGGGAUUUGAUCCAGCAAACUUUCGGUUACAGGCCCAACACUCUUAACCACUAGGCCACCUGCCACCCCAUGUUUACACAGAUUACUUCAGCCAUAUGAAAAACCUUCCAUAGCAAAAUAUACUUACCUAGCUAGCUAGUUAGCUACCUUCCUUUUGCUUCUCACCCAUCUGGUGAUUUCUAGCUAGCUACAGCUGCUAGCCUACAGCUGCUAGCUAGAUUUUAAUUUAACACUGAGCUUCAACCAAUGCAUACUAUAGUCGAACCAACCAGCACAACUAUAAUAUAAUAAAAUAGUUCACAAAAGCUAAAGUCAGUAAAUGACAAAAGAGUUGUAAAUACAUUAGUUGUAUUUUUUUUAAACAGCAGACUUUGUGUAAAAGCAAGCAUUGUGAAAAAACGCUAUAUGUUAAGUUUUGAAACAUCUAGGAUCACAGAGCUAAAUUAGCACAUUUCUAAAAUCCAUGUAGAUUGAAUAUCAGCUUUGAUAGAAAAUGAUGUCAUUUCUUGGUUUUUAAUCACUCUUUAUGGUAAUGGUAUGACAUUAUAAGAUGAUGUGAAAACAUAAGUGAAUAGGACCAUUCCAUUGUGGUCAUUACACAAUUAGGAACAAAGAAAGAAUAAUUUAAUUUAUUUGAGUUUACUACUGGAAAAUCAUAGGACCAUAGUGCUGUAAUGAGCCUGUGAUUCUCAUAGGUUUACACUAAAUAACAAAGUUAUCCCUCAUUUUCAACUAAUGUUGUUUUUCAGGAAGGACUGUUUUUCCAAUUAACUCGCAAUGGACCAGAUGCAUUUACAUUAGGAUAAUAACCCUCUCCAGUGUCAGUCCAAAGUCUGACCAACCAAGAGGCAAUGUCAUUCGAUCUGUUUGCCAAAUGUCUCUAUAUAAACCCCCUCUCUAAUAACAGCAGACACUAGAAAGCUCAUCUCACACCCAGAGAACAUAAAGAACAUACUAUUAUUCUAUGCAUUCUGUCACAAGCCAAACCACAUGUAAUGUUGAAGUUCUUGUGGAAAUGUGGACAUGAAUAGAAAAGCUUGACAAGCCCCUUAAAGACAGGCCUGAUGCAGGACAAUACCUAUCAGUCUGUGGUGUACGGAGAUGAUGCUACACAGAUUUCUGACAAAAUAUUUGAGUGGGCUCUACAAGGUGACUCGGCAGAGUUGGAAAAGCACUCAGCCCACCUGGGUGUCCGUGACCAUGCCAAUGCCAGCCCUCUGCACUAUGCCACCUCACACGGGCACAUUAGCACCAUACAGCUCAUUGUGCAGUUGACUGGUCCAGAUGAACUGAGUGCCAGUGAUGAGGAGGGCAACACGUCAUUACACUGGGCUGUGCAGAGGACCCAGAGAGAGAGCUGUGCUUGCCUUCUGGACCUGGGAGCCAACCCGAACAUCCUCAACCGCCGCCUCAUGUCUCCCCUACACAUGGCUGUCAGCCUCGGACACAACACUCUCAUCGAGUUAUUGCUGUCUCACAGCAACACGGAUGCCAACCUGGAGGGAGACCUGGGGAACACACCUGUAAUGUUGGCCUGCUGUGUUGAUAACCAUGAAGCUCUCCAUCUACUUUUUAAAUAUGGAGCCAGACUAUGUCAACAGAACAAGCUGGGGCAUUAUCCCAUUCACGCAGCAGCCUUUGCAGGGGCCAAGAAAUCAAUGCAGAUGGUUCUUCAGAAAGGUGAGGAAGUAGGUUACUCAAUUGAAUCGCACAUCAACUAUGUGGACAAAUCAUUCAGUACUCCUCUUCAUCUGGCCGUCCGUGGAGGCAACCUGGAGGUGAUCAAACUCUGCAUAGAACAGGGAGCUAAAAUGGACCAACAACAGUGUGACAAAUCCACAGCCCUCCACUUUGCCUGCACCCAGGGAGCAACCGAGGCCGUCAAACUCAUGCUAUCAGCACAUGAUAGAGUCUGUGAUGUCAUCAAUCUCACAGAUGGCACUUGCCAAACUCCACUGCAUAAGACAACAAUAUUUGACCAUGUUGAAUUGGCUGAAUACCUAAUUUCAAAGGGCGGAGACAUUAAUGCCAUUGACUGUAAGGGUCAUACCCCACUGCUUUUGGCAACAAGUUGUAGCGCAUGGAAAACAGUGAGCCUUCUUCUUACACAUGGGGCUAAUUUGAAAAUAAAAGACAAACAUGGCUGCAAUUUCCUUCACCUUGCCAUCUUGCAGCCUAAAGGUCUGACAAACCUUCCUCCAGAAUUCUUAAAGUGCAGCAGUGUGAGAGAGCUCCUGGAUGCAGAGGACAAUGAGGGUUGUACUCCCAUGCACUAUGCCUGCAGACUGGGCAUUCCAGAGUCAGUGAAGAACAUGCUCAGACUGAACGUCUCACUGGACCAGAAGUCAAAGCAGAAGAAAUCUGCACUGCAUUUCGCAGCCGAGUAUGGGAGGAUAAACACCUGCCACAGACUCCUGGAGAGCAUGACCAACACCAGACUGCUGAAUGAGGGAGAUGAGAGGGGAAUGACUCCCCUCCACCUGGCGUCCCGUGGCGGCCAUGUUAUAGUGGUGGACCUGCUGCUGCGGAAAGGAGCGCUGUUCCACAGUGAUUAUAAAGGUUGGACAUGUCUACAUCAUGCUGCAGCAGAGGGAUACAGCCAGACCAUUAUCAUACUCCUGGCAUCAAAUAUCAAACUGCUGGACAAAACAGAUGAAGACAGGAACACAGCGUUACAUCUGGCUGCCAGAGAGGGCCAUGUGGCUGCAGUGACACUGCUACUGGACAGAGGGGCCCAGAUAACGCUCAACAAGAGUGAUGCCUCCUUCCUCCACGAAGCUGUUCUCAACGGCAGGAAAGACGCAGCCAUCGCUGUCAUCCACAAUGAGAGAUGUGCUGAGGCUAUGCUAUUGUUCGAAGUGAAGUCAACUAAGCGAUGCGUUGUCAUGGACAUGAUAGAGUUCCUGCCAGAGUCAUUCAAGCAUCUUUUGGACACUUGUGUAAAGGAGUCAGAUGAUGACAUAAAUAGUACCAACUACUCUAUCGAGUACACUUUCAGAUGGCUACAAGCUCCCAUGCAUGUCAUUAAGCUUGCAAAAGCAGACAAAAGCUUUGACUUCCAGCCUCUCACUGCUCUGAACUACAUGGUGAAAUUUAACCGCAUAGAGCUUUUGACCCAUCCUGUCUGCAAGAAGUAUCUGGAAAUGAAAUGGAAUGCCUAUGGUAUGAAAGUGCACCUGCUAAAUCUGGCCAUCUACUCACUUGGUCUGGGGCCUCUGACACACAUCAUUCAUACACUGAAGCCUGUCCUCAACACCAAUGUCACCAAUACCACGUCACCAUCAUCAUCAGUCAGCAUGGUGACCACAUCCCUUGACGAGCAAUGCUACAUAAUCACCACAUGCAUGUUCCUGAUUCUUGCCAUGAGUCUGUACGCAGUUGGCAAGGAGCUUGUGCAGAUAGUUCAGCAGGGUUCAAAGUACUUCUAUGAUGUGACCAAUGCAUUGGACUGGGGUGCUGCCAUCAGUUCUCUGUUGUUUGUGAUCCCUUUACUGAUGGACCUGAAGGACACAUGGCAUUGGGAGGCUGGGGUAGUGGCAGUUCUUCUAUCCUGGAUAAACUUUCUGCUCUAUUUCCAACGGUUUGAACGUGUUGGGAUCUACGUGGUGAUGUUUUUAGAGAUUGCAAAAACUCUUAUAAGCAUCAUUGUACUCUUCUUCUUCCUGCUGCUGGCAUUUGCCUUGGCGUUCUAUGCCCUGAUUCUAGAUCAUAAACUUUUUGAAAAUAGAGCUAGCAUACCGCUAGUAAUCAUGCAAACAUUUGUCAUGAUGGCUGGAGAACUCAACUACCAAGAAAAUGUCCUGAAGCCAUUUCUGGGAGGGAUUCUGCCGUUCCCAUAUUUGACCUACUGCAUUUUUGUUAUGUUCACAUUUGCUGUGCCCAUUCUCCUCAUUAACCUAAUGAUUGGUUUGGCUGUUGGUGACAUAGCAGAGGUACAGGCGAAUGCUGAGCUGAAGCAAAUUGGAAUGCAGAUUGAGCUUCACACUAGUCUGGAAGAGAAAAUGCCAUACUGGUUAAUGAAGAGGGUUGAUCAGAUCUCACUCACUGAGUACCCUAACAGAGCCUGUGACGGAAAGAGAGAAAUGUUAUUUGCAAUGCUGGGUAUGGCGCAUGAGAGAACCACUCUCAACCUCACCUCCCAUCCACCUACACCUAUGGAACAGGAAAUCAGUAAACAGAAGUACAGGUUGAAGGAAAUGUCUAAUAUUAUUGAGAAGCAGCACAACCUUCUGAAGCUGAUCGUUCAGAAGAUGGAGAUCAGUUCAGAGGCAGAAGAGCACGAUGGUCCUCAGCUGUUCCAGGGCUACAGGGACAAGCCCCUCCCCUGUCAGAGCAAAUGGAACCCUCUGCUGAGGGCACUGGCAGCCAGGAAGUAACAGCAACAUAUAUUAUCAUGGGCUGUUUCCUACUAAAUGCACUGUACACAAAACCAUGGGUUGGAUUAAGAAGGAAUGUCGGGGUAUGGUAUCACCAUUGUUAACAAAAGAAGACUUGGUGCAUCCUCCUUGAUUUGGACUAUUAUUAAUACACAUACCCCCCCCCUGCAACUACCACCACCCUUAAAACUUAUCAUAUUUUCACCCCUGCACAUCACCCAUCUAAUAUUGCAGUUAAACUACUUGACAUAGUGUUCCUUUACUAAUGCACAUUACAGUAUGUAAGGAAACACAAGUGUCACGAUUUAAAAUCAUUUCAAUUGUAAUUUGCAUGGUUUUCUGAAUCAUUUGGUCAAAUAUAACCACAUGGGGAUGUUUGAUGUUUGUAUUUUCGAAUGGUCAUAAGAUAGUAUAUAUACCAGAAAAGUAGUCAGGAUUAUACAUUUAUAGUAUGUGUGCAUGCUUGAUAAAGAGCUUUUAGCACCCCAUAUUUAAGUGUCCUUUAAACAAUAUUACUUGUUAAGGGUGUAUUAAUGACAUGUUGUUUACGUAGUUGACUAGAAGGACAAGGAUCUGAUGUGUAUACUGAAUCCAUUAUGUUUUUCUCUUUUUGGCAUCCUCUGUGGGCUCGGGCAUGGGUUUCUUCCUCUUGUUUUCACUGUGUCCUGGAGAGAAAUACAUUUAUUUUUAUUUUUUAAAGGACAGCUUAUUUGAGUGUCAAUCCAAUGAGUCCAGGACCCGUAUUCACAAAGCAUCUCAGAGUAGAUGUGCUGAUCUAGGAUCAGGUCUCUCCAUGUCUUAUUCAUCAUGAUUUAAAAGGCAAAAGGCUUUGUGAACACAGGCCCAGAAUUACAGUAUGAAAACUAUUGAUAACACAUUAUUACACUUUGAGAAUUGAAUGCCUACACAUGUUCUCCAAUCAAUCAAUCUUGUAAGUAAAACAAUAGCCCACUGUACUAUUAUGGUAAUGUUUGGGGGUCAUGUAUUAAAAUGUGUUCUAACCUGAAGCAGGGCUCCUUCCCUCCUCUCUGUCUGGAUUGGGACUGUGGGAGGAAGUCUGGGAGGAAGUCUUUACAUGAUGAGGAGGAUGGGAAACAGGGGACCGGGAGGCGUGUGCACUAGAGGAGUGUGCAGUAACAGUUUGUCUGCACUCCUCCUGUUGGACUGCGGCAUUAGGCUUUGUCCCUGGAGAGAGGAAUGGGGGUGUUGUAAGUACCAGUUACCUCCUACAGUACAUACAGUCUUCAAUAGGAAACCCUUCAAUGGAUUUCCAUGCAUGGAUCAGGACAGACAUGGAAAUAAAUUAACCUAAACAGGUGCAACCAUCAAUGGAUAAUGUUGAACUGGACAGUUAAUUGAAAAAUGCAUAAAAAGGGACAUGGCAGAGACGUUGUAAAAUGCUGCAAAAUCUUGAACAGGCCGUAUUGUCGUGAAAGUGGAGGCUUAGUCAAUAAGCUGCAUUAUUUUGGGGCAUGGAAACACAGGAGAGAGAUACAUGCUGUAUCGUGUGUGUAAGAGAAAGAGAUCAGUCUGUUGUUCUAUAUUGCAUCUUUUUUAUCUGCAACAACGCUAAAUAUUCCCCUGUAAAUAAUCAUCCCCAGUGCCGGCACUGGGCAUACGAGUUUGUUUUUAGGAACUUACUGUUAAGAGUUAAAAUACAAGGUGUAAUUUCAAAAUGUGGUAAUGUAUCAGCAGUUUCUCUCUUGUAUUGUAAUGUCAGUCACUCAAUUAAGAUGUCAGCUUAAAAAAAUAAAAAGUGAGUCUAACCAGCUAUCUACACCUUGUAGCAAUCAUGGCUGAAUUACUGACCAGGCACACCCAGGACAUGUGCCCAGGGGCCCUGACCUCCAGGCAGCCCCAAUUGAUUUUGUUAGUAUCUCUCACUCAAGAUAUCAUAUGAAUAUGGCAUAAGUCAUGGCAAACUGUGUAGAAUUUCAGGAAAUUUGCUUUAACAUUUGUUGAAAACUAUCUGUAAAACUGCAACAUUGUCUCUGUACCCCGUAGCAAAAUGUGUAGAACUGCAGUAACUGUACAUAGAAAUAUAACUAAUAAUAAUUCUCUCCGCCGUCAACAGGGGGACCAAGAAAAUGUUUUUAGCUGCAAGGUGGGGGGGGGCACCUAAACCAAAUCUCGUUUGGGCCCCCAAAAACCUAGGGCUGGCCCUGGCCUGAAAUGUAAAAAUGGAGAGUUGAUCAUCUCAGAGAUACAUGUGAAUGAGGCGAAACAAUAAAUGCAUGGAACUUUGAA